AUGGUUCAUGAGUUUCGUGGUGGAUAUGUUGCCAUGUUUCAGAAUGGCUCUUUACGAUGGCACUUUUUUAGCCUGUCUACACAGACUACUCUGGCACACAUCAUAGCCAACAGCAGCAGAAAGAAUGGCACAAGGUUUGUGACACUGUCGGCCACAAGUGCCAAGACAAAUGAUGUUCGAGAUGUCAUCAGUCAAGCCCAGAAUGAAAAAAGACUCUUCAAGAGAAAAACUAUCCUCUUUAUUGAUGAGAUCCAUCGUUUCAAUAAAUCUCAGCAGGACACUUUCCUUCCUCACGUUGAGUGUGGGGUGGUGACCCUGAUAGGAGCAACCACAGAAAACCCUUCCUUCCAAGUAAAUGCCGCUCUUCUGAGCCGAUGUCGGGUGAUCGUCCUGGAGAAGCUCUCGGUUGAAGCGAUGGAGGCAAUUCUGAUGCGGGCCGUCCAGUUUUUAGGGGUCCAGGUUUUGGGCCAGGACGACCAGCAUGGCAGCUCUGUGACGGGCAGCAGCAGUGAGAGCUCGGAAUUCCCGGUGUACAUAGAGGAGAAAGCUCUAAAUACCCUAGCCUACCUUUGCGACGGUGAUGCAAGGACUGGACUGAAUGGUCUCCAGUUAGCAGUUCAGGCCAGAUUAGCAGCAGGAAAGACCACUCCUUUGAAUAUUGCCAAAGGCGGUUCUGCAGAUGGCAUUCUGAUAACAGAAGAGCAUGUAAAGGAAGGGCUACAGCGAUCUCACAUCCUGUAUGACCGAGCAGGAGAAGAACAUUACAAUUGCAUCUCUGCCCUGCAUAAGUCUAUGAGAGGCUCAGAUGAAAACGCUUCCCUUUACUGGCUUGCUCGAAUGCUUGAAGGUGGCGAGGAUCCACUCUAUGUGGCAAGGAGGCUGGUGAGAUUUGCAAGUGAAGAUAUAGGGCUGGCAGAUCCUCUGGCUUUAACACAAGCAGUUGCUGCUUAUCAAGGCUGUCACUUUAUUGGAAUGCCAGAAUGUGAGGUCAUUCUAGCACAAUGUGUAGUGUACUUUGCCAGAGCACCAAAGUCUAUAGAGGUAUACAGGGCAUAUGGCAAUGUCAAAGAAUGUCUGAGAAUGCACACGGGACCACUGCCACCUGUUCCGCUGCACCUGAGAAAUGCCCCAACAAGGCUCAUGAAGAACUUGGACUAUGGUAAAGGCUAUAAAUAUAACCCCAACUACAAGGAACCUGUAGAGCAGGACUAUCUACCAGAAGAGUUGAAAGGAACAGACUUCUUCAAAGAACGAAAAACGUGACUGCCUCGCUCAGAAUGGGUUUUGUUUUUACGACUCAUAUGUUUGUAGUGGGAUGGAAAUUCCCCUUACAGUUUCAGCCAUCUCUUACUGUGGUUGAAAGUAUUAAGCCACUGAGCCUUUC